AGGCGCUGCGAAGUCAGAUUCUCUGCAGAAAACAUGCAGAUAUCAUAAAUACUCGUCGCAGUAACUACAGCCGGUCGAUGCCAGACAUUUGAUUACCGUAUCGUAAAAAAUCAAGAGGUCAUUUGAAACUUUUUUUUUUUAUAUUAAUAGAACGUUGAUUUUUAUUUAUUUGUUUUAAGUUGUACACAGACUCUCUUUAAGUUUGAACAUUUUUUUAUUUUUAUUAAACUUACAUGACAUGAGCAAUUUAUGUUGUAUUACAUUUUUUCCCAUGGUAACAUAAAAUGAAGCAGAAAAUGUCAACUUUGUGCUUAAAAUAAACAUUUCCAAUAUUAAAUGCUUAGUGGUGCAAAUAAGCCCAAACGAGUGGAUGAUUAGCUCAAGCUCAAGAGCUCCUGCCUUGUGUGUGCUGCACUGAAAGGAUUUUGUGUGGCUUCUUUUGUAGGUUCAAUGUUUCUUAAUAAUAAUAAUAAUAAUAAUAAUAAUAAUAAUAAUAAUAAUAAUAAUCAUAAUCAUAAUCAUAUUUGUUGUUAUUAAAUCUCAAACAGGGAAAGUCAGGUGCUACACAAAUAGAAAUGAACAAGAACAAUUGAAAGUGUACAUAGUUCUUUUUUGACCUGUAACAAUUAAAAGAGAGUGACUUUCUGAUGUAAACAAGUUGCAUUUGAGAUCCAAAGCAACAAGAACAUUCAAAGAAAAAAUUGAUUUUACUUGAAACUAAGUAUAUAUUUGACCUCAACUUUAGUUGACCGAGGUAACCUGAACCAAUAGCAGGACACAAUUGGAAAUGAAGUGAAGACAGGCUUGAGACAGAGCGUAGGAGACACUUGUUUGCACAGAGACUGGUGAGGGAAUGGAGUGUGUUACCCCAUCAUGUUAUUGAUGCUGAAUCACUGGGAAACUUUAAGACCCGACUUGACAAAGUUUUGAGAUCAGUCAGCUCCUAGGAACCGGACGAGCAUAGAUGAGCCACUGGCCUCUUCCCAUUCUUAUAAAGCCAAGAGGCAUGCUGUAGUAUUACUAAUCUGCCAAUGUUUAAUACAAUAUCUAACGUCUAUAAAAUACAUAAGAACAUAAGAAAGUUUACAAACGAGAGGAGGCCAUUCAGCCCAUCUUGCUCGUUUGGUUGUUAGUAGCGUAUUGAUCCCAGAAUCUCAUCAAGCAGCUUCUUGAAGGAUCCCAGGGUGUCAGCUUCAACAACAUUACUGGGGAGUUGGUUCCAGACCCUCACAAUUCUCUGUGUAAAAAAGUGCCUCUUAUUUUCUGUUCUGAAUGCCUCUUUAUCUAAUCUCCAUUUGUGACCCCUGGUCCUUGUUUCUUUUUUCAGGUCAAAAAAGUCCCCUGGGUUGACAUUGUCUUUACCUUUUAGGAUUUUGAAUGUUUGAAUCAGAUCGCCGCGUAGUCUUCUUUGUUCAAGACUGAAUAGAUUCAAUUCUUUUAGCCUGUCUGCAUACGACAUGCCUUUUAAACCCGGGAUAAUUCUGGUUGCUCUUCUUUGCACUCUUUCUAGAGCAGCAAUAUCCUUUUUGUAACGAGGUGACCAGAACUGAACACAAUAUUCUAGAUCAGGUCUUACUAAUGCAUUGUAGAGUUUUAACAUUACUUCCCUUGAUUUAAAUUCAACACUUCUCACAAUAUAUCAGAGCAUCUUGUUAGCCUUUUUUUAUAGCUUCCCCACAUUGUCUAGAUGAAGACAUUUCUGAGUCAACAUAAACUCCUAGGUCUUUUUCAUAGUUCCCUUCUUCAAUUUCACUAUCUCCCAUAUGAUAUUUAUAAUGCACAUUUUUAUUGCCCGCAUGCAAUACUUUACACUUUUCUCUAUUAAAUUUCAUUUGCCAUGUGUCUGCCCAGUUCUGAAUGCUGUCUAGAUUAUUUUGAAUGACCUUUGCUGCUUCAACAGUGUUUGCCACUCCUCCUAUUUUUGUGUCGUCUGCAAAUUUAACGAGUUUGCUUACUAUACCAGAAUCUAAAUCAUUAAUGUAGAUUAGAAAUAGCAGAAGACCUAAUACUGAUCCCUGUGGUACACCACUGGUUACCUCACUCCAUUUUGAGGUUUCUCCUCUAAUCAGUACUUUCUGUUUUCUACCUGUUAACCACUCCCUAAUCCAUGUGCAUGCGUUUCCUUGAAUCCCUACUGCAUCCAGUUUGAGAAUUAAUCUUUUAUGCGGGACUUUGUCAAAAGCUUUCUGGAAAUCUAAAUAGACCAUGUUGUAUGCUUUGCAGUUGUCCAUUUUCUCAAAAAAGUCAAGUAGGUUAGUUAGACAUGAUCUCCCUUUCCUAAAACCAUGCUGGCUGUCUCCCAGGAUAUUGUUACCAUAUAGGUAAUUUUCCAUUUUGGAUCUUAUUAUAGUUUCCAUAAGUUUACAUAUAAUAGAAGUCAGGCUAAUUGGUCUGUAGUUACCUGGUUCGGUUUUGUCUCCCGUUUUGUGGAUCGGUAUUACGUUUGCUAUUUUCCAGUCUGUCGGUACAACCCCUGUGUCAAGAGACUGUUGCAUGAUCUUGGUUAGCGGUUUGUAAAUAACUUCUUUCAUUUCUUUGAGUACUAUUGGGAGGAUCUCAUCUGGCCCAGGGGAUUUGUUUAUUUUAAGAGCUCCUAGUCCCUUCAACACUUCUGCCUCUGUUAUGCUAAAGUUAUUUAAAAUUGGAUAGGAACAGGUCGACAUGUCGGGCAUGUUGUCCGUGUCCUCCUUUGUAAAAACCUGUGAAAAGUAAUCAUUUAAUAUAUUUGCUAUUUUUUUUUCUUCAACAAUGAUUUUGCUAUUUGUGUCUCUUAGACAUUUAACAUCCUCUUUGAAUGUUCUCUUGCUGUUAUAAUAUUGGAAAAAUAUUUUGGAAUUGGUUUUAGCCCCCUUAGCAAUAUUGAUUUCUAUCUCUCUCUUGGCCUUUCUAACUUCCUUUUUGACUUGUGUUAGCAGUUCCAAGUACUCUUUCUGUGUACUUUGUUUUUGGUCCCUUUUAAAUGCUCUGUAAAGUGCCUUUUUUCGCUGAAUAUUUUUUUUAAUUGAUCUAUUAAACCAUUUUGGCCAUUUUGUUUUAGAUUUAGAUUUGUUUACUUUUGGGAUGUAAUUGUUUUGUGCCUCUUUUUCUGUGGAUGUUUUCUCUAUUUUACUCCAAUCUACUUCUGUUAGUCUCCGUUUCAUACCUUCAUAGUUUGCUUUUCUAAAAUUGUAAACCUUAGCUUUAGUCAUUACUUUUUGGGGUUUUAAAAAAUAUUUAAAAUGAGACCAUGUUGUGGUCUGAGUUUGCCAAUGGCUCGCUGACCUCUGUUUUAGUUAUUCUGUCUUCAUUAUUUGAAAAGACUAAAUCAAGGCAUGCCUCCCCUCUAGUCGGUGCCUUGACAAAUUGCGUUAGGAAGCAGUCAUUUGUCAUUUCCACCAUUUCAAUUUUGUCCAUCGUGCCCUCUCAUCGGGUUUUCCCAUUUUAUACGGGGAAGUUGAAAUCCCCCAUUAGUAUGGCUUCUCCUUUUCUACACGCAUUUCGAAUGUCAUUGUACAACAGAUUAUAUUGCUCAGCGUCUGAAUUUGGCGGUCUAUAGCAUGCUCCUAUUAUUAUGCCCUUUGAAUUUGUGUCCAUUAUUCGGACCCAUAUUGAUUCUGCAUUGUUUUCUUUGUCCUGAUUUAACACCUGGGCUUCAAGGCUAUUUCUUAUGUAUAGCGCUACCCCUCCGCCUCUUCUGUCCUGCCUGUCUUUCCUAUACAGUGUGUACCCACUAAUACCACUAAUACCAAGUUUCUGUAACACCUAUCUGUGACAGAGAUCAAAUGAUUCUUGGUGUUAGAUCUCCCUCUCGACCUGUGAGGGCACGGUGCAAGAGGAACAGAGUACCCUUAAUUAAAUGGCACGACAAUUUAUUCCGUAGGGUAGGUGGAAGUCGGUCAUUUAGGAAGGGGGCGGAGCUACGGCACCCAAGCUCAUUGACCCGGACGGUAAGCAGCAUGGCAUCCAAGGACUGGAGGAGCAGAUGUGCUCGUUAACCUCGGGGUCAUGGGCGAGGGUAUAAAUAGGGGGCAUGGCUUGAGUGAUCUGUUCCUUUGCAUAUGGUUAAGUUAAAUAACUGAGAAGGAGCCCGUACUGUGAAUAAACCGUGAGUGUUUUCGUGUCUGUGUAUUAACACUGUGUGUCUUGUGUGUUAUUAGUCACUGAAGAUUACUGAACACGAUCCGGAGCUGCAGCCGCAGGCCAGCGAAAAACCCGGACUUCACCAUUCACCUUUUCCACUACCGGAACUGUCUUUGUUUUCACCACUAGCACUAGAAUCACGCACUGUCUAAUUGUGUCUGUGUUUUGUGUUUUGUGAGGGUGACGGAACGGGACUUUGGGUUACGGGUCAAACCCGUGGGAUUACAAACCGAAGUGAUACACGCCGCUGUAUCACUUCCAACACUGUUAUUAUUUGCAGGUUUGGUCUUGUCUUUUAAUUUCCUUCCUAGCUCUCUGAAUUUGUUUUGCAGCGAUCUUGGCCAGUCUCUUCCAAUGUUGUUUGUACCGAUGUGGACGACUACUACCGGGUCGUCUCCUGUUCGUUCUGGGAGCCUGUCCACGUUCUCAGUGAUGUGCGUAACAGAGGCUCCUGGAAGGCAGCACACUGUUGUAGCAGGGGUCCCUUCCCUGGAGUGCUGGACAUGUACGGGACAGGGGGCGGUCUGCCCGAGUACAGAGCCAGCCUGCUGGCCAGCCGGGGGUUUGCAGUCCUGGCCCUCGCCUACUACAGCUACCUGGACCUGCCCAAGGACAUGAGGGAGCUGGAUCUGGAGUACUUCGAGGAGGCUGUGAGCUUCCUCAGGACACAUCCACAGGUGAAAGGUCCAGGUAUAGGUGUCCUGGCAAUCUCUAAAAGUGGGGACCUGGCGCUGUCCAUGGCUUCCUUCUUGCCUGGCAUCUCUGCCACCGUCAGCAUCAACGGCUGCAAUGCCAAUACGCUCUUUCCCCUGCGUUACAAGGGCACUGUCUUCCCUCCCUUGUCAUUUAAAACAAGCAGGCAAUUCCUCACCAAGUCUGGGAUCGCAAACAUCAGGGACACCCUCAAUAACCCCACUGAGGGGGAGAAUCGCCAGAGCUUGAUCCCGAUCGAGCAAGCGCAAUGCAGAUUCCUCUUCGUUGUUGCGGAGGAUGACCAGAACUGGAAGAGCCCAUUCUACGCAGAAGAGGCAGCCAAGAGGCUCCGGGAACACGGGAAGGAGAACUGUGAGGUGGUAGUGUACCCUGGAGCAGGGCACUAUCUGGAGCCUCCCUACUUCCCUCACUGCCCCUCUUCGCUGCAUUUACUGGUUGGUUUGCCAGUGGUCUGGGGAGGGGAACCUAGGAGCCACGGGGAGGCGCAGGUGGACCUGUGGGGCAGGAUACAGGCAUUUUUUAUAAAGCACCUUGAUGGAGAGCACCUCCAAGGCUAGGCUCUGAAACAGCACCAUGGAUAACACUGAGGAGCCAAUCUGGAAAAAGAUUUCAACAGGUGAAGAAGGGCUUUUGCCCAAAAUGUCCUGAAAAUAAAAGAUUGUUUAAUCUUAAACUUUGUGCACAUUUUUUAAAAACCCUUUCUUUCAUAUGCCUUCAAUUUUGUACACUGCAG